ACGAGGCAGGAGGAGUGAGUAGUUGUCAUCAGUGAAGUCAUAAUCUCAUCUCUCUCUGGUUUCAUACUCUGAGUGUCUCACAGAGAGGGAAGCCGCUCAACAGAACCUUCUUCCAAAGCAAGCCUAUUGAUGGCUUGCAUGAAAAAGGAAUGGUUGAAGAUGUUCAUUGUAGCCCUAUGAAGAGUAUGUGACCUCCUCACCCUGGAAUGGGCCCACCUCAGAGUCCAAUGGACCAGCAUAAUCAAGGCUAUAUGUCUCCACACCCAUCUCCACUGGGAGCACCAGAACACAUGCCCAGUCCAAUGUCUGGACAAGGUCCGAUUCCACCCCAGAUGACUCUAAGUCAGCCAGGACCCACGAUACCAGGAGACCCACAAGUUAUGAGUCAACCCAACAGAGGUCCUUCACCUUUCAGUCCUGUGCAGCUACAUCAGCUCCGAGCUCAGAUUCUAGCAUACAAAAUGUUAGCUAGAGGUCAGUCUUUACCAGAAAACCUCCAACUUGCUGUUCAAGGAAAGAGGACCCUGCCUGGCAUUCAGCAGCAACAGGUUCCUGCUGCCUAUAGCAGGCAAUCAAGUAUUGGGUCACAUGCAUUGAGUGGGCCUACAGCUGGCCCAGGACCAGCUCCAGGAGUACUUGGACAUAUAGCUGCCAUGACCCCUAAACCUUGGACAGAAGGCCAAGCCCCAGAUAUGAGUGUUCCCAAUACACCACAAAAGCUCUCUGUACCACCUCCUAGCAGGAGGCCUUCUCCUGCCCCCGUUGCUUCCCAGCCUUCUGCAGCCAUGCCUGGGCCCUCUGUACCACAGCCCACACCUGGACAGCCUUCACCUAUUGUGCAGCUGCAGCAAAAACAGAAUCGUAUCAGCCCUAUCCAGAAACCACAAGGAUUGGAUCCAAUUGAAAUACUCCAGGAACGUGAAUAUAGGCUUCAGGCUCGAAUUGCUCACAGAAUCCAAGAACUGGAGAACUUGCCUGGCUCUUUGCCUCCUGAUCUGCGAACCAAAGCUACAGUGGAGUUGAAGGCACUUAGGUUACUGAAUUUCCAGCGCCAGCUAAGACAAGAGGUAGUAGCCUGCAUGCGUCGUGACACAACGCUAGAGACAGCCCUAAACUCCAAAGCCUACAAGAGGAGCAAGCGCCAGACUCUGAGGGAGGCCCGUAUGACAGAAAAGCUUGAGAAACAGCAGAAGAUAGAACAAGAGAGGAAACGUAGACAGAAACACCAGGAAUAUCUGAACAGCAUAUUGCAGCAUGCUAAAGAUUUUAAAGAAUACCACCGGUCAGUGUCUGGGAAAAUACAGAAAAUUUCUAAAGCUGUGGCAACUUGGCAUGCCAACACUGAACGUGAGCAGAAAAAGGAAACUGAGAGAAUUGAGAAAGAAAGAAUGAGAAGACUAAUGGCUGAGGAUGAAGAAGGCUACCGUAAGUUGAUUGACCAAAAGAAAGAUAGACGCCUAGCCUACUUAUUGCAGCAGACAGACGAGUAUGUGGCUAAUCUGACCAAUCUGGUAUGGGAGCACAAACAGGCACAAGCAGCCAAAGAGAAGAAAAAGAAGAGGAGAAGAAAGAAGAAGGCAGAAGAAAAUGCAGAAGGAAUGGGAUCUGGUCUUGGUCCUGAUGGAGAGCCCAUAGAUGAGAGCAGUCAGAUGAGUGACCUUCCAGUCAAAGUGACUCACACUGAAACAGGCAAAGUUCUUCUUGGACCAGAAGCACCAAAAGCAAGUCAGCUCGAUGCUUGGUUGGAAAUGAACCCUGGCUAUGAAGUUGCUCCCAGGUCAGACAGUGAAGAUGAAAGUGGCUCUGAAUAUGAGGAGGAGGAUGAUGAAGAAGAAUCAAAUAGGUUAGAAGCAGAUGAGAAGAUACUUCUGGAUCCUAACAGUGAGGAAGUUUCUGAGAAAGAUGCUAAACAAAUCAUUGAGACAGCCAAACAAGAUGUGGAUGAUGAAUACAGUAUGCAAUAUAGUGCUAGAGGGUCUCAGUCAUACUACACUGUUGCUCAUGCAAUCAUAGAGAGGGUAGAGAAGCAGUCUUCUCUUCUUAUUAAUGGUACACUAAAACAUUAUCAGCUCCAGGGCCUGGAAUGGAUGGUUUCCCUCUAUAAUAACAAUUUGAAUGGAAUUUUAGCUGAUGAAAUGGGACUAGGAAAAACCAUACAGACUAUUGCACUCAUCACUUAUCUGAUGGAACACAAAAGACUCAAUGGCCCCUAUCUCAUCAUUGUUCCCCUUUCAACUUUAUCCAACUGGACAUAUGAGUUUGACAAAUGGGCUCCUUCUGUGGUGAAAAUAUCUUACAAGGGGACACCUGCCAUGCGUCGCUCACUUGUUCCUCAGCUUCGAAGUGGAAAAUUUAAUGUUCUUUUAACUACUUAUGAGUACAUAAUAAAGGACAAACAUAUUCUUGCUAAGAUUCGAUGGAAAUACAUGAUAGUAGAUGAAGGCCAUCGAAUGAAGAACCAUCACUGCAAGCUGACUCAGGUCUUAAACACUCAUUAUGUGGCCCCUAGGAGGAUACUGUUGACUGGGACUCCACUUCAGAACAAAUUGCCUGAACUCUGGGCUCUUCUCAACUUCCUCCUCCCUACCAUUUUCAAGAGCUGCAGCACCUUUGAACAGUGGUUCAAUGCUCCAUUUGCCAUGACUGGAGAAAGGGUGGACUUAAAUGAGGAAGAGACUAUCCUGAUCAUCCGUCGUCUCCACAAAGUGCUACGUCCGUUUUUGCUAAGGAGACUGAAAAAAGAGGUUGAGUCUCAACUACCAGAAAAGGUUGAAUAUGUAAUCAAAUGUGACAUGUCAGCUCUUCAGAAGAUCCUGUACUGCCACAUGCAAGCCAAGGGAAUCCUUCUCACAGAUGGUUCUGAGAAAGACAAGAAGGGAAAAGGUGGGGCAAAAACUCUUAUGAACACAAUCAUGCAAUUGAGAAAGAUAUGCAAUCACCCAUAUAUGUUUCAACAUAUUGAGGAAUCCUUCGCUGAACAUUUAGGCUACUCAAAUGGUGUCAUCAAUGGAGCUGAGCUUUAUCGGGCUUCGGGGAAGUUUGAACUACUUGAUCGUAUUUUACCUAAGUUGCAAGCCACUAACCAUCGUGUGCUUCUUUUCUGUCAAAUGACAUCACUCAUGACCAUUAUGGAGGACUAUUUUGCAUUUCGAAAUUUCCUUUACUUACGUCUUGACGGUACAACAAAAUCAGAGGAUCGAGCUGCCCUGCUGAAGAAGUUUAAUGAACCUGGCUCACAGUACUUCAUCUUCUUGCUGAGUACAAGGGCAGGAGGGCUGGGCUUGAACCUCCAGGCUGCUGACACUGUUAUAAUCUUUGAUAGUGAUUGGAAUCCUCACCAGGACUUGCAGGCUCAAGACCGAGCUCAUCGAAUUGGUCAGCAGAAUGAGGUUCGAGUCCUGCGACUGUGCACUGUGAACAGUGUGGAGGAGAAGAUACUCGCUGCUGCAAAGUAUAAACUGAAUGUAGAUCAAAAAGUUAUUCAGGCUGGAAUGUUUGAUCAGAAAUCUUCAAGCCAUGAGCGGAGGGCUUUUCUACAGGCUAUAUUAGAACAUGAGGAAGAAAAUGAGGAAGAAGAUGAAGUUCCUGAUGAUGAGACUCUCAAUCAGAUGAUUGCUCGGCGUGAAGAGGAGUUUGAUCUCUUUAUGCGCAUGGACAUGGAUCGUCGUAGGGAAGAUGCCAGAAACCCCAAGCGCAAGCCCCGCUUGAUGGAGGAGGAUGAAUUGCCAUCUUGGAUUAUUAAGGAUGAUGCUGAAGUUGAAAGGCUCACAUGUGAGGAGGAAGAAGAGAAAAUAUUUGGAAGAGGGUCCCGUCAGCGCAGGGAUGUUGACUAUAGUGAUGCUCUUACAGAGAAACAGUGGCUACGGGCAAUUGAAGACGGCAAUUUGGAAGAAAUGGAAGAGGAAAUACGGCUUAAAAAACGGAAGAGACGAAGAAAUUUGGAUAAGGAUUCUGGGAAAGAGGAUGGGGAGAAAGCAAAGAAAAGAAGAGGCAGACCUCCUGCAGAGAAGUUGUCACCCAACCCACCUAAACUGACAAAACAGAUGAAUGCCAUUAUCGAUACUGUGAUAAACUACAAAGACAGGUGAG